AAUCUUCCUCGGCAGGAACAACUAGUAUUCAUGGUGGUGUCAAUCUGGGUCAUUCGUAAUCCUCUAUCCGAGUCCAUGGUCAUUUUUAUAUGUUAUCUGCUAUCUGAGCGUGUUAAGAGAGGAAGACACCAAGUGCGACUCGGAAGCCCAUCAGCAUCUCAGAGUGUCGGCAUAUGGGUCACUGCCUUGUUGGCCUGUGCUUAGUUUUUAGACGUGCGCACCUUACUAGUAUUUCUGCCAGUCACGACCAGGAUGCUAUGACUAUUUUCACGAGAUAUGAUGCCAACCUCGUGACUAUGACAUUUAUCUUCAUGGAUCCCAUGCUCUCUCAGACAGCUGCCGCAGAUUCUGAAUUCAGUGGCGAGAGCCUGGUGACAGAUGCUACCGAAAGCAACAAGGCAACCCACUACCCUGAGCAUAGACUAGCUGCUCAGGCUAUGUUUCUCCGUCAAUUCAGAGUAAUACGAGCUGUGCCAGCCUGCAUAUGCGACAUAUGUCUCCUCUUUGCGUGAUCGGACCCAUUCCAGUUGCGUAACUGGCGCACAACCCCUUUAUCACACCCAGAGCCAUCUCAUGAUCACGAUCCUGGCGAAAAUCGGUAUCGACGCAGACUAAAAAAAUUCAAGCAAGAAUACCAAAC